AAAAAAACGUACUUCCUGUUUCUAGUAAAACAUUUCGAGACAUGUAUAUCCACGAAGUGUUCAUUUGAAAAAUGAAGUCCCCAUGGAUCCCAUGCUGUCUAGGUUUACUGUUGUUGUUUGACGUGUGCUAUGCCUUGAAUGGUGACAAAAGGCCGAAUUUUGUCCUGAUGAUGGUCGAUGACUUGGGGAUUGGAGACUUGGGCUGCUAUGGGAACACAACCUUGCGGACCCCCAACAUCGACAUGCUGGCUCAGGAGGGGGUGAGGCUAACGCAGCACAUCGCUGCGGCCCCCCUCUGUACGCCCAGCAGGGCAGCCUUCCUGACGGGCCGAUACCCGAUACGAUCUGGUAUGGCCGGCCUUGGACGGUUAGGGGUUUAUAUCAUCUCUGCUGCAUCUGGCGGUCUUCCCAGUGAAGAAGUCACCUUUGCCAAGGUGGCCAAACAACUAGGCUACGAGACUGCUCUCAUAGGAAAAUGGCACCUUGGUCUUCACUGUGAGAGGAACGACGACUUCUGUCACCACCCCAGUGCUCACGGCUUCGACCACUUCUACGGUAUAACCCUGACCAACCUACGUGACUGUCAGCCCGGCCACGGCUCCAUCUUUACCAAUGUCCAAGCACACAUACCAUUCAAGACCCUGGGAGUGGGUGUGGCUACCGUGACCCUCCUGCAUGCGAGGGGUGUGGUCACCGUGCGGAGGAAGUUGGUGCUGAGCGCGGUGGCGUUGGUGGGCGCGGCGGCGGCCAUAUUUGGCACAUUCGUCGCCACGUUCCCCUACUUCAACUGCUUUCUGAUGAGGAACCGGGAAGUGGUGGAGCAGCCGUAUGUCUCGGAGAACCUGACCCAGAGAAUGACAGAUGAAGCAGUGGACUUUUUAGAAAGGAACUCUGCACUACCCUUCCUGUUGUUCUUCUCCUUCAUCCAAGUGCACACGGCCAUGUUUGCAUCGCCAGCCUUCCAGGGGACCAGUCAGCACGGUAUCUAUGGAGAUGCCGUCCACGAAGUAGACUGGAGUGUAGGUCAGCUCAUGCAGACGCUGGACCGGUUGAACCUGAGGGAGAACACACUGGUGUACCUGACCUCAGACCAGGGUGCACACCUUGAGGAGAUCUCAGUCCGGGGGGAGGUGCACAGAGGCUGGAACGGGAUAUACAAAGCCGGGAAAUCUACCAAUUGGGAGGGGGGGAUCCGAGUUCCAGGACUGCUCCGUUGGACUGGGAUGUUACCUGCAGGGAAAGACAUUGAUGAACCCACCAGCAACAUGGACAUCUUCCCUACUGUGGUGAAGCUAGCCGGAGGGACGGCACUGGGGGACAGAGUGAUAGACGGUCAUGACCUCAUGCCCCUGCUGCAGGGGAAAGUUGAGAGAUCAAAGCACGAGUUUCUCUUCCAUUACUGUAACGCCUACCUCAACGCUGUCAGGUGGCAGCCUCCCAACAGUUAUUCAAUAUGGAAGUUGUUCAUUUUCACUCCGGACUUCUACCCCGAGAACGGGACAGCCUGCAUGCAUACCCAUGCCUGUUUCUGCACCACAUCCUACGUGACCUACCACGACCCCCCUUUGCUCUUUGACCUCUCCCGCGACCCCUCGGAGACCACACCCCUGACCCCAGACACGGAACCUGCCUUCCACUCGGUCCUGGAGAAGAUCCUGGCCGCGGUGUCUCUCCAUAAGGAGUCCAUCACCCCCGUUCAGGACCAGCUCGCCCCGGGACACAUCCUAUGGAAGCCCUGGUUGCAGCCCUGCUGCUCCUCCCUGUCCCAGCUCUGCAGGUGUGAGAGAGAUGGUGGGAGACACGGCUACCGGAGCACUGCGGCGGCAGAGGCAGACUCUCCACAGGACCAGCACAUCAUUGCUUAACACUGAGGGGAGGGUAACGUAGGAAUCCAGAACCAAUCUUUUAGUGGGUAUGUAAACAAUCUGUGACAAGAGACAAACGGCAGGGAAAUGACCCCCAUUUAAAUGUUUGAUUUAACCUGGUAGGCCAUUUGAGAACAAGUUCUCAUUUACAACUGCGACCUGGCAUUUUAACUGGGCUUGUGGGUAGAAGUGACUUGGAUCUACUUUACGUGUGUAUGUGACUUCACUGGGUGAGCUGUAAUAACAGACAUUUUAGUAUUUGGCCUAUCAGGAACACAUCCCGUAAAAUAUCCAGUAAAUUGCGUUGCCUACGCUUGCUCCCUGAGGGGUUUAUGCAGAUGCUGCUAUUUGGACUAAAAUUUAUUUUAAAGCACUUUUUGACAAAUGUAUUUGUAAAAAAAAAAAGAGCAAUAUGAAUCAAAUGUGAUUGUUGAAGCCAGUCCUUAAAUAUAUAAAGUAACCAGUAUAUAUAGAGGAGAAACCUAGCACAUUGUACAGGAGAGGAGAGCAACUCGAUGCACUGAUUAGCACAAGGUCCACCUCAAGUUGGGGCAUUUCUGGUCUUAUUCUCCGGGGCACUACAAUAACCCUGUGUUACCCUAGCAGGGUACCGAUGAUCAUUUAAUCACUGUUCAUCAUUUAGACUCUACGGGGUCUCUGUAAAAGGCAUCUGCACAUCCAAGAAGCAAUGAAACUUGAGUGGACAACCGAUAUGAAAAGACAUGGCUGUAUUAGCAAAUUAAGAUGUUCAGUAGAGCUGCCGUGUAUAAUGCCAGCAGUCAGUACAGAGUCACUGAGUCACACACGGCUCAUCCCCCUGUGGCCACAGCCAGCAGAAAAUCUUCAUCACCCAGACUAGCUUUAAGCUUAGCUCUUCAUUUGAUCUCAGGUUUUCAGUGACAUUUAUUUUAAUAUGUAUCUUAUUCUCCCUUUAACUCCUAUAUCCAUCAGCCUAUUUGUCAUAAACUACCAUUAGCAAAUCUCUGAAUAUUAAGGAGUACUCCCUCUCCCCUGUUCAGUCAUUUAUAUGAUGGAUGCUGAAUGCUGAUUUAUUUUUGCGCGUUCCUACACACCCACUAUGCGUUGCAUUUUAUACCAUGUGUUAUUUUUGUUACCACGUGUUCAUUUGUUUCAACACAUUUUUCUAAUGUAAACGAAUAAUGAUCUGAUUUGUGUGGGGUACCAGCUACAACAACACUACUGUUGCUACCAAUAACUACCAGAACCAACUACAGAACUACAGCGACGACCACUAGAACUGUAUUCUACUUGACUGGUAUUCUGACAAUGUGUAUAAAUCUAAUUAUUUUCCUCCAUCCAUGGCCCUGUGAUCACAGUGGCUGAUCAUUAUUUGAUCCAUCCACAACAGAGUUUGGCAGUGAUAGAAGCCAGCUGUUUAUCUCGUCUUUCACUCGGGUCUGCGUCCCAAAUGGCACCCUAUUCCCUACAUAGUGCACCACUUUUGACCAGUGGCCAGGGCUCUGGUCAAAAGUAGUGCACUAUUUAGAGUGCCAUUUGGGAUGCAACCCCCGUGUGUUGGCUUGGCCGCUGGUCCAUCACAUCCAGCCCAGCCUCUCUGCUCCCGGACGCCAGAGAAGUGGAGCGCAGCACAGCGCUGCAUGGACAGGCCUGCCAAUGCACAUGUGCACCUCAGAGAUAUGGCACCCUAUUUAUCUUAGACCUGGGCCCAUACAGUUGAAGUCGGAAGUUUACAUACACUUAGGUUGGAGUCAUUAAAACUAGUUUUUACAACCACUCCACAAAUUUCUUGUUAACAAACUAUAGUUUUGGCAAGUCGGUUAGAACAUCUACUUUCUGCAUGACACAAGUCAUUUUUCCAACUUGUUUACAGACAGAUUAUUUCACUUAUAAUUCACUGUAUCACAAUUCCAGUGGGUCAGAAGUUUACAUACACUAAGUUGACUGUGCCAUUAAACAGCUUGGAAAAUUCCAGAAAAUGAUGUCAUGGCUUUAGAAGCUUGUGAUAGGCUAAUUGACAUCGAUUGAGUCAGUUGGAGGUGUACCUGUGGAUGUAUUUCAAGGUCUACCUUCAAACUCAGUAUCUCUUUGCUUGACAGAAAUCAGCCAAGUCCUCAGAAAAAAACACAAUGUAGACCUUCACAAGUCUGGUUCAUCCUUGGGAGCCAUUUCUAAACACCUGAAGGUACCACGUUCAUCUGUACAAACAAUAGUAUGCAAGUAUAAACACCAUGGGACCACGCAGCCAUCAUACCGCUCAGGAAGGAGACGUGUUCUGUCUCCUAGAGAUGAAUGUACUUUGGUGCGAAAAGUGCAAAUCAAUCCCAGAACAACAGCAAAGAACCUUGUGAAGAUGCUGGAGGAAACAGGUACAGAAGUAUCUAUAUCCACAGUAAAACAAGUCCUAUAUCGACAUAACCUGAAAGGCCACUGCUCAUUAAACCGCCAUAAAAAAGCCAGACUACGGUUUGCAACUGCACAUGGGGAUAAAGAUUGUACUUUCUGGAGAAAUAUCCUCUCGUCUGAUGAAACAAAAAUAGAACUGUUUGGCCAUAAUGACCAUCAUUAUGUUUGGAGGAAAAAGGGGGAGGCUUGCAAGCCGAAGAACACCAUCCCAACCGUGAAGCACGGGGGUGGCAGCAUCAUGUUGUGGGAGUGCUUUGCUGCAGAAGGGACUGGUGCACUUCACAAAAUAGAUGGCAUCAUGAGGAAAGGAAAAUUACGUGGAUAUAUUGAAACAACAUCUCAAGACAUCAGUCAGGAAGUUAAAGCUUGGUCGCGAAUGGGUCUUCCAAAUGGACAAAGACCCCAAGCAUACUUCCAAAGUUGUGGCAAAAUGGUAAAAGGACAACAAAGUCAAGGUAUUGGAGUGACCAUCACAAAGCCCUGACCUCAAUCCUAUAGAAAAUUUGUGGGCAGAACUGAAAAAGCGUGUGCGAGCAAGGAGGCCUACAAACCUGACUUAGUUACACCAGCUCUGUCAGGAGGAUUGGGCCAAAAUUCACCCAACUUAUUGUGGGAAGCAUGUAGAAGGCUACACAAAACGUUUGACCCAAGCUAAACAAUUUAAAGGCAAUGCUACCAAAUACAAAUUGAGUGUAUGUAUGCUUCUGACCCACUUGGAAUGUGAUUAAAUAAAUCAUUCUCUCUACUAUUCUUCUGACAUUUCACAUUCUUAAAAUAAAGUGGUGAUCCUAACUGACCUAAGACAGGGAAUUUUUACUAGGAUUAAAUGUCAGGAAUUGUGAAAACUGAGUUUAAAUAUAUUUGGCUAAGGUGUACGUAAACCUCCGACUUCAAUUGUAUGUGUCUGGUCAAAAGUUGCCCACUAUAUAGGACCAUAGGUUGUCAAAAGUCCUAGGUUCAGGAUCGGGACAAGGGGAGGAUGUUUUUCUUGAACUGAAUGUUUGUGUGACCUAGUGCAAUACUUACCCCCACGCAGCCUUAUUUGAAUGGUACAAGUGCAACAGCAAUGUCUGGUAGGACAUCUGAUGAUCAUAUUACUUACUUUGCUUUUUCAUUUGUUAUUCAAAUGAAUGUAGCUGCUGGACUUUUAAGGACCUCUCACCGUCGAGUGAUUGCGACAUAAAUGCAAGGGUUUGCAAUCAUAAUGCAAAGCCUUUAUCCAAUCAACUGCACACACACGUAACUGUUUCCAGGUGUGUGCUUUUUAGACGGAGGAGAACAUACUGCAGUAGGCAGUGGAAUAAUGAAAUGUACAGAUGCUUCUUUUAGUUGGUACGUUCCCUGUAGAAUAGCCCCUCUGGUCUUCUAGUGUUAUUUAGAGUUUUCCUCCAAGAGAGAGAGAACCUCAAUAAUAUUAAACCAGAAGCCAGGGAAUCUAUGUCCCCAGGUGUUAAUUACAACUGUGGACAAAAAUUUGGCUCAUUAUUAGCAACAGCAGGGAGGCUGGAUAGCGGUAGGAAAACACCAUGGUUACUUCACACUAGUGUGUGGAUGGUAAAUCCUGCUUACUUUACAGGACUGUGUGGCCUAGCUGGUGGUGUACAACUGAUGUGCAAUUCAUUUGACACACUGAUUGUGAUACAACAGACGUUUCUAUGACAUCACGGAAAUGUUUACAUAGUCAUUGUGUGGUUUCUGAUCAAGCUAAAUCUCAGCUUUACUGUACAGAUCUGCGCUUUGCCCUCAUGCUGAUGAGUGUGCAGUGCCAAACAUAUUUAUUUCAACUCAUCCAAAGUCUUUUUGGACAAUUAUGCUUUUAUCAGUCACAUUGGGAUUGUAGUUAUGAUAAUUCAGCCUUGUGUUAAUAGACAGAUAUCGUUCUUUGUUUUGGGGUUAGAUUAUUUCAGCAAUUGCUACUAGAUUUGAAGGCAGUGAGUAAUUUAAACAGCACAUUUUGCCUUGGUAUCCUCAGAAGAUCCGAAGGGAGGUGUGUGUAGUGUGUGUGUGUGUGUGUGUGUGUGUGUGAGUUCAACCACCGGGGGGGGGGGGGAUGAUCUUGAACACAGUGCACGUCGAUACCCUAGGACCGGAGGAAAUUAAAUGGUUCCUCAGAAGGAGAGAAGAACGUGCAGAGUUCAAACAACCAUUUCUAUGGUAACAUCAAAGGGGUACUCCAUCCUUGUCCUGGAGGAGCUGAAGGACCUCUGCUAGGUUAGCGUGACUCCACUGCCUGUUAUAUUAUGUACUUCUGUGAAGUGCCUUACUGAUUUCCCCACCGCCUGCCACUGCUGGCUCAGGGGUAAUGGAUCGCUGCUGGAAAUUGGUGAGGCGUGUUCAAAGACUGAUUUUCCACAAGGAAGUCCAUCAAGGCCAGUUACCUCACAUAGGAGAUAUAGUUACAUGCUGAUAUUCCAACGUCUCCUCAGAUUAUAUAGUUAUUACUGUUGAUUGUAUGGGCUACAGUGGAUUUGCAGUGAAUGUGCAAAGAGCAAAUGAUACAUUUGACUUACAUUGUCUAUGUCUUAUCACAAAAUCUAAAAUCAUGUGAAUGCACCACAUUUAAAAGUAGUAAAAACACUUUGAAAUUGCAACCCUACUAGAUCCAGUUCUCUUUCUUCAGAAACACCACUGCAUCGUCAUGACCCUCUACAAUACUGGUUCAUCCUUUCCUCUAAAGGAGGGAAUAAGGACUGGUUUAACCUGAUGAUGUUCUCCUUGGAAAACUGAGGGAUAAAAACAACACAAAACAUUAACAGAAAUGUCCGCAAAAUCAAACCAAUUUAAAUACUGCAAAAUAACUGUGUUCAGGCAGCCACUAAAUUGCAGUUCUGCAUCGUGCAAAACCAUUCCCUGAAUGCUAUACACACACUUGUCUAUGUGUACUGUCUGUAUCCCUGUGAACAUGUAAUAACCAUUACGUCCAUGUUGGCCAGUUUGAGGGGGAGGUUCAUGAGCCCUCUGUGUUUUGGGCAGAAAAUGAAUAAACAAACCAAAAAGUAACAGUAAGCUCGUGAAGGAUAACAUGGGUUGAGUUUGAGAUGCAGUUCAAGUUAUUACCUGUCCUUGUCAUUCCACCGGUUUGAUUCCAGCAUAGACGGGCACAAAAACGACUGGCUAAGAGUGCCUUCAAUUAAAAGAAGCAAAGGAAUUAGGUCAGACCAAAUCCAAAAAUAUGUAGUGAAAGAGAUUUUGAAAUGUUCCUUGACCCAAACAUAUUGCAAGAUAUGGAAACAAUGGCCGUGCUCCUCAUAAACAUUUACGACAACAUUUUGUGUUAAAGCCAAGGUUUAUAGUAAGAUACAGUAAUAUAAUCUGCUCAGGCUUGUGGCAGGCUAGCUUUAUGAGGUCCUCCCUGGAGGCUGAACUGGAUAGGAUGGUGUUCUUGCCACUUUUUGAAUGCGUUAUUGAGAUGUGAAGGCGAUUGCCUGCUUUACUGUGGGCAUCGCCAGGCAGAAACUCCUCAAUGUCCUCCCUGGGGAGAACAAAGGGACAGAUGCUUUUUUGUCAUGUUUUUAAUAAUUAAUUUAACAACACUGUACGGCUCUAUAAUAAAGCACGCACUUAUUACACAA